AUGCGAUACCGUAUCGCGCCUUUGAACUCUGACGACUCCGACUCCGACAGCUUGUACUACCCACGACACGCUGCUGCACCACGACCGUCACAGGCACGAGAACGGCCCCGACCGCAACCACAGUCACAGCCCAGGCCACGAGCACGGCAGCAGCAUCGCGCGUACCGCCCGGAUACGUCGACAUGGCCACCAUCGCCAAGCGUAGAGGAUGAUGCGAAGCUGGCUGAGGACUGUGAGGGCCAGCCGCCAGCCAACACGCGGGGCACCGUCGAUCAGGAAAUAUUGCUUGAGCGCCUUGACCCGCCCGUGGUGGCCCCGGUUCUGACCCCUGCCCUUGAGGACCGCCGCUUCAUACUCGUCUCUGGGCCUAUCACCCACGGCGACGAUGACGACGACGACGACGAAGAAGAAGAAGAAGAAGAAGAAGAAGAAGCAGGGGACAGCUUCAGUGCCCCCGCGCUCCACUGGCGGAGACGGCAGCAGAGCAUUGCUGAGCGGGGACAUUUGCCUGCUAUCCAGAGCCCGGCAGGCCCUCCACUCUUCUUCACCGAGCGCAUCUCGACGCCAUAUGCCUACACGAAGCCACAGAAAGAGUCAAUGGCCCCUAGUUCCAGCGAUAGCCCCGCCCACUUCCAUACGCCUCCCAAGUCACCGUCACCGCCAAGGGAUGAUACCUUCGACGUUUCUGAUCUUGAGGCCGACGAUACCAAGCGCCUCCGUGCCGCCCGCCAGCCUGCACGCUACAGCUUCGUCAAGAGCGACUUGUACAGGGACCAUCUUCGCACGGAUCUGCAUGACCUCUCCUCCCAAACAUCGCCGGCCAGGCACGACUCUUUCCAGACGCUACGGCCGUCCAAGCACGAUUCUCAGACCCAGUCUCCAGGCCCCCCAGCUUCGGUGACGGAGCUGCCUGUUCGUCGACGCCAUUCUCCUCCCAACACCAGGACGUCAUCGAAAGCAAAUGGCACUCGACCACCCUCCCCGCCUUCCGUCUCAGCCCCACUGGGACCUCUAUCUCCUGGCCAUUUGUCUGUAAAUGAGGCUGAUUGGCAUGCCACACACUCUCCACUCCCCAUCAGAGACGGAGUAAAGCCACGCUCUUCCUAUGGUAGGGCUGAGAUGAUACCCGCCCCUGUAGAACGCAUACAUGCCUGUAGUCCUUUUCAGUCUACACAGGUAACACAAGCCUCUUCACUCCCGUAUCCAGUCGACGACUGCUCUGUCGAUGUCUUCAUGCCACCCGAAGAGCAGUACCAGUUCCACAAUGCUACCGUCACAUCCUCUCGACAGUCACACGCUGAAUCACCAUCCGGAGAUUCGUCAUCGGUCAUGAGCUCGCCGCGUCAAAGAGACCCGCCAAUGCCCUUUGCUGAACAUACUUCUGGCCUGCCCCAAGCGCCAUCCCAUACUGUGGACAUCAACUCACCCAUUCCUCGGUCGUACACCAGCGACGAUAAACAGCAUGAGCUUGAGAGAACGAUGCAUAGGCCACUGGACUCGGCGGUACCGUUGCCUUCGUGUCUGAGAAGUACGCCAUCUCGUCACGCUGACUGGUACAGUUUGCGAGGCUGCGAAAGCUUCGACAUAUGUCCUACAUGCUACGAGGGCUCUUUUGCUAGGACACGCUUCGCAGGACACUUCGCACAAAAACGGCUUGAUCGAAGGCCUUUUGAGCGAAUCUGCGACUUUAGUAGUCCAUGGAUGCGUAUAGCAUGGCUGUUGACCGUUCAGCACUGCCUCCAUUCACUUGACCUACUUUACAUGCUGGCACAUAUCGCUGAAACUGAGCGGCCAUGUCCUGGUGCUCGGGAUCUAGGUUGUGAUCGCAGGGACUGGUAUGGGAUUAUUGACAGUAGAGAUGCCAAGCAUAUUGCCAAUUUUGCAGUCUGCUCUUAUGACAAGAGAAUGCUCGAAGCUCUGUUUCCGAGCUUACAAGGAUUGUUCUCUCGUUUGAUUACCAAUCAUCUAUACGAUAGAUUCGGAGAUACCUGCAGCUUUCGUACCGGUUCUCGCCGCUCACGAACUUAUCUUGAAUUACUCGUACACUUGGAUGCCGAAGCUCGGUCUGUCAAUCAACCGCUGGACGCCACUCGCUUCCUCGAGCUGGUUCGUGACAAUGCAUACAAGCGUGAAUGCAGUAGAGACAAGGCUGUCAAACGUAAAGCGUGGUACUUUAUUCCAUCACUACCUGAAUUCACCGUUUGCGAGGAUUGCUACGACGAGCUGAUUUGGCCAGCUAUAAACUCCAGGGUCACGCAGUCUACCAUUCCGCAUUUGUUCAACAAGUCAAUACAGCUUGUGCCCGAGGAAGACCCCGACCUGGGAUCGAGCUGCUGCCUAUACAGCCCUCGCAUGCGGCGCAUUUGGGACACGAGUACCAGGGAGGAUGAUUUCUUGUAUCUUACGCGAAAGGCCCUAGAGAGAAGGCGUGUCGAGUCAAGCCUAUCGAGAGAGCGAACGGAUAUCAUGAAGUGGAUGCUCAAGACAGAAAAGGGCAGUAGACAGUGGCAACGUGUGAAAAGCCAAUUAAAUGACUUGAAUAAAGAAUGGACGGUUUGGGAAUAA